AAUGUCGUUGUGUUCUGACCUUCAGGGCCACCGUAAUUAACUGCUUGUUGGUGAAUACCAACAAGCCAAUGCCAAUAGCUAAGGCUUUUAUUUUGAAAUGUUCAAACCGGAUGGAUUUCUCGGCCGUUGCUCGCUUUUAGCGGCGGCAUAAAAAAUGGCCAUCGCCAGAUUCGGUGAACUAUCGGUGCCUUUUUUAUUAAACGGUCCCUUUUGUUAACAAGGCAACAGAGUAAACCGUUCGAGUCGAAGCGGUGCUAGCUGAAACCGGAGCUAACGGACGGCAAGUCAGGCUGUUUCUCGGCCGUUGGAAGGGCUCUGCGAGCGGCUGAAGCAGAUGGGAUCCUCGGUGUAUUUGGGCAAAAGGCGGAAGACUGCGUAUCAACAGACCGAGUCAGAGAUGCUAGACAGCUACAGCCGCUAGCCAGCUAACUAUUUGUCACAAGAUGUUGGUAAACGGGAGCCGAUUCACCAGGAAUUGAGGAGAGCAGGGGAAGAAUUUCGACUGACGACAUCCUUCUUUAUGGAGCCGCAACAGGACGACUUGAACUGAAACGGCAUAGACACUCAGCUAGACUCAGCACUCACUGAACCUCAGGAUGGCGAGCAGGAGGAAAUCCACCACUCCCUGCAUGGUUCCUCCUCGAGAGACCGUCGACUCGGACCAGGAGAUGGAGGAUGUCGCGGAGGCAGUGGAGCCGGAGGACAGCAACGGCGUGGUGGCCGUCUCCUCAGAGGUCUGCGGCCUGCCGGAGGAGCGGGGCGAGGAGGCCGACGUCAGGCAGGCGUCGGACCCCUACCUGGACUUGAACAUGGCGGAAGGGGGAUACGAGUGCAAAUACUGCAGCUUCCAGACAUCAGAGCUCAACCUGUUCACCAUGCAUGUGGACACGGAGCAUCCCGACGUCGUCCUCAACACGUCCUACGUCUGCAUGGAGUGUGACUACCACACAAAGAGUUAUGACACGCUACUGGCCCACAACGCUCGCCUCCACCCCGGCGAGGACAACUUCACGCGGACGAUGGUGAAGCGAAACAACGAGACCAUCUUCCAGCAGACAGUCAACGACCUCACCUUCGACGGCAGCUUCAUCAAAGUGGAGGACGACGAGGCAGAGGAGACGUCCCGCAAGGGCAUCGCCCUCAGUAAGACUCCCAUCAUGAGGAUCAAGAGCAGACCGGAGCCCAAGAAGUUUGCCGCAGCGCACAAAAUGGCCAUCGAUGACGUCAUCAAAGUGGAGAGCGACGACGAGGAUGACGAGAACAAGGAGCCGCCCACCCUGUCACCCGCCCCGAUGACGCCCGCCGCCGUCACCGCCCCUCGCCUCAUCCCCGUCUCUGCGCCGGUGCAGGUCCAGGCCGUUCCGCAGAGCAUCGUGGUCAACAGCCCCAACGUGCUGCAGAUUAAAGGCGGCUCGGGUGGCAGCGCCGUGCUGCCUCCAGGGACGCUGGCUCAGGUUCUGUCGGCCCUGCAGAACCAGCAGAGCAGCCCCCAGACCCAGACUCAGCUUCUCAUCCCCAUCAGCAGCAUCCCCACCUACAACACGGCCAUGGACAACAACGUCCUGCUGGUCAGCGCCUACAACAGGUUUCCGUACCCCUCAGUGUCCGAGAUCAUGGGCCUGUCCUCACAGACCAAGUUCAGCGAGGAGCAGAUCAAGGUCUGGUUUUCUGCUCAGAGGCUCAAACACGGAGUCAGCUGGACGCCGGAGGAGGUGGAGGAGGCAAGGAGGAAGAAGUUUAAUGGCACGGUGCAGACCGUCCCUCAGACCAUCACCGUCAUCCCCGCCAACAUCGCCGCUGCCACCAACGGCCUGCAGUCCAUCUUCCAGACGUGUCAAAUCGUCGGGCAGCCGGGCCUCGUCCUCACCCAGGUGGCCGGUAACGGCAGCACCGUGCCGGUCGCCUCACCCAUCACGCUGACGGUGGCGGGCGUCCCCGGCAACCAGCCAAAAGCCGCCGAACCGUCAACGUCAGAAUCCAAAACGGAGAUGUCAGCUUCUUCAGUCAGCACGCCGCUCGGUUUGGAUGCAGGGGCAGUGAAACCGAAGAAGUCCAAGGAGCAGCUGGCAGAGCUGAAGGCCAGCUACAGCAGGAGGCAGUUUGCCACUGAGGCGGAGAUCUCUCGGCUCAUGCAGGUCACCAAACUCUCCAAACGAGCAAUAAAGAAGUGGUUCAGCGACACACGCUACAACCAGAGGAACUCAAAGGAUCACCACGGCGUCCUGCUGAGCGAAACCCCGUCCAGCAGAGCGGUGGUGUCGGCCGGAGGCAAAGUGGGAAGGCAAAGCAGCGUGAGCCUUAAUGACAGCAACAACAGUGACAACACUACCACCAUCGUCAUCGACUCCAGCGACGAUGCCAGCGACUCCUCUCCAACGUCUGCCAACGCCCCAGGGUCGUCCGGUUCGACCAGCUACCCGCGGGUCAAAUUCCGCCACGCCUUCCCUGACUUCACGCCGCAGAAGUUCAAGGAAAAGACGCCGGAGCAGCUGCUCAUCCUGGAGGCCAGCUUCCAGAAAUCAGACACACCUUCUGACGAGGAGCUGAGUCGGCUGCGAGCGGAGACGAAGCUGACAAGACGCGAGGUGGACGCUUGGUUCACCGAGAGGCGGAAAAUGCCCUCGGCGGGGCAGCUGAAAGACGGAGACGUCGACGGAGGGGACUUGGAGAAGGCGAAACCGGCCACUGUGCCUUCGUCCUCGGCUCAGGAGAGGCAGACGACUCCUCCCGCUGGCAGGAAGAUGAUGAAGAAGACACCGGAGCAGCUCCACAUCCUGAAGAAGGCGUUUGUCCGCACACAGUGGCCCACAUCUGAGGAGUACGACCAGAUGGCGGAGGAGAGCGGCUUACCGAGGACGUACAUCGUCAACUGGUUCGGAGACACGCGCUACGCCUGCAAGAACAGCAACCUGAAGUGGUACUACCUCUACCAGAGCGGGAAGGUGGACGAGGCGCUGAACGGUGGAGCCAAGAGCCAGAAGAAGUCCAGGAAGCGUUUCCGCGGUUGGUCCAGGAGGACGCGUCGACCGUAUCCCUGCAAACGUUCGCCACAGGAGGGUGCCACUGCCAUCAAGGUGAAGUCCGGUAAGGCGUUUCUGAAGGACUACUACCUCAAACACCGAGCCCUGAGCGAGAAAGACCUGGACGACCUGGUGACAAAGUCCAGCAUGAGCUACGAGCAGGUGAGGGACUGGUUCUCCGAGGCCGCCAGGAGAGCGGAGGAGGGCAGGGAGCCCUUCAGCGAUGAGGAGGCAGAGGGAGAGGAGGUGGAGGUGGAGGGUGAGGAGGAUGACGACGAGGAGGAAGAGGAAGAAGAGGAGGCGGCGGCGGCAGAGCACGGAGACAGCGAGGGAGAGAUGGAGGUGAAGGAACAAGGAGAGGAGGCCACAGACGACGACUGCAACGAGGAGGAAGAGGAGGAAGAGAAGGAGGAGGAGGAGGAUGCAGAGGAGGUGGAGGACGAUGAGACAAUUCAGGAGGAAUCUGAAGGUGUCAGCCAAUCACAGCCUCAGGCAGAGGAGCAGACAUGAGCAGACAGAAUUAGCGUUGCUUCCCCCACUGUGGAGAUGACACGGAGGACGGUAAUGCGUCAGUGUUUCUCAGCUGGCGGGUCGGGACCCAAAGACGGCUGCGGGAAGCUCAAGACAGAGGCCACAGCUGAGACGGAUCACGUGACAACUCUAAAACGAUGGGUUCGUGCUUUCGAGACGAACUUUGGGUCCUGAUGGAGCUGAGAAGCACUGAGACAACAGAGCUGAAUUAAAAAGGGACAAAGCGUCAGGAUUAAGUUUGUUUUGGCUGAUAAACUGUGGGGACCAAUUCAACGUUAAAGAUGAUGCCUCUCACCAAACGGCGGCGCCACGAGAGUAAGUUCCAGCUCUGCUCCUGUAUAAAUAACAAGGCUUUUAUUUUGGUGAGGAUGACAGGGCUUUUAUUUUGGCCUUAUGUCACUUUUUCUUACAGAAAUUUACAAAAAAAAUUUCAACAUUUUAAAGGUAAACUUUGUAUAAAGGAAAUAAAAUCCAAAACAUUUCUAAGAGGUGAGACCUCGCAUGGUUUUCUCGUUAUUAAAAUAACUUUUUUCAGAAUAACAGAGGAACCAUGAAACCUUUUUCUCAAGGGAACGUCCUCUCCCCAAACCCAACUAUAAAAACAUUUUACUCUUCUGAAAGAAAAGGUUUUUAAAACCACAUUGUUUUUUGUGAAUAGGUAACUCAAAUUUAGUGCCAUUCUGUUUAUAACUCUUUGUUUAAAUCAAAAAAGAAAAAUUAAUGCUGGAAUCAAUUCCACAUUGACGUUUUAACUCUUUUGUAUUUUUUUCCAAGUGAUUUGUUAAAGUCUGAUAGACAUAUAACACAAUGGAAACUGAAUCCAUUAUUCUGUUAUUAUGCUAUUAUGAGUUCUUUUUGAAAAAUAGUGAUAAUUUCCAUGUUUGCAGGUGUUUGGGUCCAUUCAGUUUCAAUGACAUCAAUUCAGUCUGAUUUUACCUCCAAACACACAAAUCGCUGAAGGAUGGAAGAAAAAUGAGAGAACAGAAAAGCACUUAAAGGGAAAAUCCACUUCAAAACUCAUUAUUACAACAACUGGUGCAUUUGAGAGGUAUUAAAAUGUCUAAUCAGAGUUAUAGCCUAGAAAGUGGACUUAAAUUACCCACAAUGCAGCUAAAAUAAAGUAUACAAUGGAUGGUUGUUAAUUUAAAACUGGAUAUUUCUCCCAACAUAUAUGAUCAACAUAUACGCUGCCGUAAAUGGUUAAAGUUUGAGACCAUCAUGAACAGUGACUGUAAAUAAAGAUGGCCGACGCGUCUUUAUUUUCUUGCGAAAAUGAAGCCAAAACAUCCUGGAUAUGAGCGCAGCCAUCUUUGUUUCUGGUGAAGAGUGGUGCAGGAAUGAGUCCUAAAACCAGGACGUAAGUUAGCAUGUUAGCACUUCCUGUUCCCUCGUCCCAAAGUCAGUGUGUUUCUGGUUAAAUGUCUGAAAUAAGGUCUGUGGUUUUAACACAAGCUCAAGACAUUUUCAGGUUAUACACUCUGAUAUAAAAUCGGUAAGUAAAUCCCCCACUCCUGAUGUUUGAAGCUUUUACGUGUCUUAAAAAAGGCGGUUGCUAACGAGUGUCUAAAUGAGACUACAGAGGUUGUCGGCGGAGUUAAGAAACUGAUCCUUUUUGUGGAGGGAACCAGGAUGAUGCUAACUUCAGGGUUGGACUACAAAAAUUAAAACCAAACUUAUAAGUAAAAACUUGAACACACAACAUUGGCAUGUUUUCUCAGUUUUUUGUUUGGCUCAUGUGUGAUCUGCUGCUAUACUGCAGCCAGCCACCAGGGGGCGGCUCAGAUGUUUUGGCGUCACUCGCCAUGUCGUCCAUUUUAAGACAGUGAACGUACAGCUGUUAUCUAUGUUACUUAGUCUCUUUUCUGCACAAAUUAUAAAACUCAAAAAACUUUACAUAUAAUAAUGAGUAAUAAUAGAUUUAAUAAAUGCUAAUUUGAAUUAAUUUGAUUUGCUCAGUUUCAAGUUUCCUGUCAACAGUCUUUUAUACAACAUACCGCAUUUCCUGUCAGCAGCAAGUUCAAGGGUCAUCCAAAGCUCGUUGAAAGGCAUUGUGGGAAACGUAGGAUGUCUGGUGAAAGAACAGAGAGAGAGAAACGGGGUUUAACAGUACGAAAUAAAUUUCAAAAUCUUUUAUAUGGUGGAUUUUUCCUUUAACAUCCAGCUCUAAAAUCAGACUGUUUAGGUUUUGGAUCCUUCUGUGUCGGUUGUGUGGGAGGUUUCAGGUUCAACUUCUCAGUCACAUGUCGUCAGGCAGUUUAGACACAAGUCGUCUUUUUUUCUUUUCUUUCUUUUUUUUUUGCAGAUUUUGUCAGAGUUGAUCGACUUGAACGGGAUUUGAACCCAAAUACUGUUUGUGUCCUUGUCCAAAAGAGGAAAAAACAACAACAACAAAAAAAAAACAAAACAAAAAAAAAAAACAAAGGCAUGUUUGCUCUACUUCAGGAAACAGGCAACUUUACCUCAGUCAGUUAAGCUACAAACUCGGUAAGAUUGUGACAUUUACACUUUACGACAGUUCUUCUUUUUCUAGAGAUUUCAAUACUGUAUGCAUGAAAAUACGAGUACACAGUAAUAAUUAUGUCUUUCAGAUGGCGUUUCUUUAUUGUCCUCGCCAAAGUAAGUGAAUCACUUUAAAGAGAGAGAGGAAAAAAAAAAGACAUAGUUAUUAGUGCAUUUAUUUGCUCCAAUACGGGUGAACUAGUUAACAGUAACUUUCAGGUUUUUCACAAGAAUUACAGACAAUAUUUUAGGGACAAGAAACCACAAGCACUUGGCUCAGUUCCUGCGGGAACUUUUUAACUUUUCAUACGUUUUGGGGGAAAAAAAAAAAGACAAAAUAAGCUUUUAUUUUGCUUUUCUCUGCUCUUUCUUCCUGUGUUUACUGAACCAUGUAGUUAGGAUAUGCAAAUGUCACAGAACAAUCAGUGGGUAGAGCGGUGAACUGUAAAAUCUCGUUGAUUUACUUCUUUUUUUUAAUGAUUUCAUCAGCGACGUGGGAUCCUUAUACAAGCUCUGUAAUUUUGCAAAGUUAAGCCUUUCUGCCAUUCUUUAAAUUGCUUUAAUAGCCAACAGUUUUUAGUAGUUAAUUUAUUUAUUAUAUCUGGACUUCAUGGAUAUCUUUUUUUGUCUGCAAGCAAAAAAAAUAAAAAGUGAAAAAACAGA